AUGAACAACGACCUCGAUCUGCAGAGCAUCCUUGGUGAACCACGUAACUCGCCCAAGUUGAAGGCCCUAAUUCAACAGCUUGGUUCACUUGCUACUCCACCUGUCACUUCACCUGCUCCUGAUUCCAAAACCUACGCUGGUACCACCUACGAUAAUUACUAUGACAUCGGGAUCAGCCUUAUGUUCACCCAUCCGACAAAGGGCUCGAAUAUCGACGAAUAUGUAUGCGACUCGAUCGAUGUGAUGAAUGUCCCAGAUGCAGAGGUUGGAAAUGCCCGAGCAGCGAAAACAUCUUCUCGGUACCGCCCGUUUCCCGGUCUACCACUCCCGCUCUCAAAGCGGGACCCUUCUGUUGCGGCAGAUAGUACAUCUCGUACGAAAUCUUUCACCCUCAAACCCACCUCUGUAGGCGCCGAAUUUGUCCAGUACUUUGGGGAGCCUGGGCGAAAAGGAGGAGGAACGGGGUCCGCGGGACCUGGCAUAUGGUGCGACUGGCCGGGACAAGGCCUCAUGGUGGAAUUUGGCGGCGACGAGGCGCGUGGUCCGAGUGCGUGGGAAACGGGAGCCAAAGCCGUAUGGAGCGUGGUAACACUCUUCCGUCCGACUUGA